AUGAUGGCAGGCGACGGAACGUCAGCCAGGAUCAAACAGGAACUGAUCGAAACUUCCUGCUGCAGCCCGUCACCAUCGUCGGUCGGUAGCUUAUCCCAGACCAACAUACUGUACGGGAAUUCACCCACGGGAAAGAUGGACUUCAAAUGCAGCAGCAAUAACAACGAAACACAUCUCACAGAGCUGCACGGUACUGGUGGUGCCGCUGGACACAACGGUGGCAGCAAUGGCGCCGGGAAACCACAGUCACCCGGCUCUCCGGACCGUCAGUUCUGCAGCUCAACUACCUCCGCCAUCGGGGACUUUGGCAGCGAUGGCACGAACCACGACACGAUCAAGGAGGAGCUGCCGCGGCGAUUGUGCUUGGUGUGUGGGGACGUGGCAAGUGGAUUCCACUAUGGCGUUGCCAGCUGUGAAGCCUGUAAAGCAUUUUUUAAACGUACCAUUCAAGGAAACAUUGAGUACACUUGUCCCGCAAGUAACGACUGUGAAAUUAACAAGCGGCGACGGAAAGCGUGCCAAGCGUGUCGGUUCCGCAAGUGUCUACUGAUGGGAAUGCUCAAGGAAGGGGUCCGGCUGGAUCGGGUAAGGGGCGGCCGGCAAAAGUAUCGGCGCAAUCCGUGCUCCAACCCGUACCAGAUGCAGAUCAUACAGUCCAACCAGCAGUACACCGCCCAAACGCUGGAAGACAUCAAGAUCCUGGAAGUAUUAUCCUCGUUCGAGCCGGAUCCACUGUCGAUCGGCGGUGCUGGGGGUGAUAUGAUGACGGUCGGGGAGGAGCGUAACGGUAACGGUGGUGCUCAAACGUCGAGCUCUUCGUUCUCGUCCGCCUCGUCGUCAUCGUCCACGAGCAGCAAUAGUAGCAACUCGCCCGGUGCUACGGCUGCCGCCGCCGAUUCCGGCCUCGACCGGAUGGUGAUGGGCGGCGAUGCGCAGGAAAUUUUGAGCGUGCUGAGUGAUAUUUACGAUAAGGAGCUGGUCGGUGUGAUUGGGUGGGCAAAGCAGAUACCGGGCUUCACCGAUCUGCCGCUGAACGACCAGAUGCGUCUGCUGCAGGUAAGCUGGGCCGAGCUGCUGACGCUAAUGCUUGCCUACCGGUCGAUUCCGUUCGAUGGUCGGCUAUACUUUGCCACCGACUUCUUCCUGGAUGAGCGAUCGGCAAAGGAGUGUGGUGCCCUUGAUCUCUACAACCAUCUAGCACAAAUCACCCAACGAUUGGAAAAGAUCUCGGCCACCAAGGAGGAGUACUAUCUGUUGAAGGCCCUAUCCCUGUCAAAUUGUGAUAUCAGACUGGAUAACUACAGUGCGCUCAAGAAAAUUCGUGACUCGAUACUGUACGCACUUAAUGAUUGUGUGUUGUUGAUAAGGCAACAUCAGGCGGUGUCACAUCAGCAGCAGCUGCUACUGUUGCUGCCAUCGUUACGACAAGCGGAUCACAUCAUUCGCAAGUUCUGGACGAAUGUGCAUAUCGAGGGUAACGUGACGAUGAACAAACUGUUUGUCGAAAUGCUCGAGUCCGUCUCACGAUAA